AUGGGCGUUUCACUCUCCACCGCGCGCUACCUCGCGCCUAUUUCCUUCGUCAUCGACUUUGCUGCUCAGCAGUAUGGCAUGCUUAGCACACCAAACAUGAAGGACGUCCACGACGCCAAUCUGUCCUUCUGGUCUCCCCAGCCCUUCUUCAUCGCAGGCUUCUUCUUCCCACAACAGCUGUUCCAGCUUGCCUGGCUGUGGCGCCUGUGGCGGUCCAAUGACCAGUCCGCACUCGAGGACGGGGCCGUCAACACCAUGGUCGACUUCAGCCCAUUCUAUGCCGUGGGGAACCUGUGCAUUGCGAGCUGGAUGGUCUUCUGGAACGCAUCGGACCUCAAGACGAGCAACAUUUUCGUGGUCAUCAACUCCCUCGCACAGCUGUAUUACAUCUUCGGCCGACUUCCGCCGAUGAACUUGAAUUCUACCAACUCUGUCUUGACACAUAUUGUGAGCAAGACCUUCGCCGGAAUCGGUGUUCUGGAUUUGUUGCACAACGGUUCUGUGGCGUACUUUGUCCAUCAACAGCCCUCGACCGCUGUCAAAGUCCUCACCGGCCUGGGUUUUGCUGGCCUCGCCUCUUGCAGCGACUGGAUAUUCGGAGGAUGUCUGGUAUAUGAUCUUGUGGCUCUGGCAGUAGGAACGGCUGCUAUUGUUGCAGGCAAGAAUCUCGUCAGGUAA